AUGACAUCCAUUGAUCCUACUGACUUCAUUGAAGUCCCCGAAGGUACAUUAACAUUCCAAAAUGAAAAACAACAAGCCAAAUUUGAAUUGGGUGUCUGUAUGGCAGUUUAUAAAUGGGAUGAAUUAAAUAUUGCAGUUGAAAAUCAAUGGGGUGGUACAAAAUCAAAUGAGAAAAGAGAUUGGAUAUCUGGUAUAGUUAUAGAGUUAUUUAAUGAUUCUAAAGUUGUGGAUAAUCAAUUAAUUGAAGAAACUUUAUUAUAUGCAAUGUACGAUGAGUUUGAAACUCAAAUCGAUAAUGAUUCAGCAUUAGAAAUUGCUGCAUUAAUAUUGAAAAUUUAUAGACAAGUACAAGUUGAAAAUUACAAUUUGAUAGAUGAAUCAUAUAAUAAAUGGUUGGAGAAAGAAAGUAAAAAAAAGGAGAUUCAAAAAGUUCAUAUUGAGAAAGAUCCAAAUAAUCCAGAUAUAAGUGAUAGUGAGGAUGAUGAAGAUGAAGAUGAUGAAAAAGAGCUGGAAGAUGUCGAUAUGGAUGUGGAUAAACCAGAACCGCAAGGUCCAAUAAUAUAUGAUGACGGGUUCGAAUUGGUACAAAAGGGAAGAAGAAGAUAG